CGUUAAAUUUCUGCCAUCCCGAGAUUAUCUCCACCUCAUAAUAAUUAUUAGUAACGUCGAGUCCUCUCCCGGAGCUCCCUCCUUCUCCAUCGUCCGAUCGAUGGACCUCAAGUCGAUGAUGGACGGCCCCGGCGGUCCCUGGACGGAGGAGCGCCACUCAUCCUUCCUCAACUGGAUGGAAGAGUCCUUCGUCCGCCGAAUGCUCGCCGGCGCGGACCUCCAAGCUUCUUGCUCCGCUCCCGGGAACUGCCGCCACCCCCCGCUCGACCGCUACCUCCCCGACAGCGCCACCGAGUCCACCCGCGACUUCCACGGCCCACGGCGGAGCUCCGGCACCGGCCGGCCAGGGCGAUCGCCGGCGUUGGUGGAGGAGGAGCCAGAAACUGGGCACUUGGCGGUCCGGAGGACAAGGAAGCGCCCUCGUCCGCGAUACGAUACAUCGCAGGAACAGGUGGUCCCACAGCUUGGAAGUGCAGUGGUAGAUGCUAGUAAUUCUAAGAAGAACCAAAGAGAAGGACAAGGAUGGUGUCCGGCAGUGUCUCCAACCAGCCCAACAGGGGGAAGAAAAAAGAGAGGCCGGCGUAACUUUUAUGAUGCCUCUAAGCUGUAGUUUUUUUCUAAUCGCUCAAACUAUGUAGUUUGGUUUUGGCAAAAGAAGAAAGAGGAGUUUCUAAUGCCAGUUCUGUUGGUAAGUUCCCUCAUCAUGUUAGAGGGAUUUAUGUUUGGUUUGGUAUAUCUGUAGUCAGUUGAUGAGUAGGUAUGCAUGAGUCUAGUGCAUUGCAAAGCUAGUACACAUGAAGUUGAAUUUGUCAUUCUACCAUUGUCUCAAGCAGCACAAGCAGGGAUCGGGCCAGAAGAGGACAUGUUUUGAUCAUAAUUAGCAGAUUCAAAUCAAGCCUCUCAAUCAGCAAAAAUUGGAAUGGUGUGGUCACCAAGGUUUGAAAAACCGAGGAUUGACCCUGUAUUGACCGAGGAUGGUUAUGAUAUAUACUGGUUUGGGGAUUGAACUGAUGAAGGGACUAGAUGAGUAAUUGGCUAGGCCCUAAAAAAUCUUGAUACAGCCUCUUUUUUGAACCUCCAAAGUCCGAAUUCUUGUUUUGGGUUCCA